CGUCUCCGAGCCUGGGGAACGCGACAAGCGACCUUCACGAAACAUGGCCAGAUGUGCUGUGGAAAUUAGAUUAUUAUUUUGGCUUGAAAAAUUGGAUAUAUUAAAGUCCAAUGAACUGAAACCCAGAAUGACAACUGCCAACACGCAGAAAGUAAAACAUGGCACUUCGACUGUUGAGUAGUGCGACUGGAGUUAAGCUGGCAGUCGCCGUUUCACCAUGGAAGCCUCGAGUAGAAGGCCGCACAUGGCGGCUAUCAUCUUCGGCCUGCAACAGAAGUAGGACCCGUAGGCUUUCCUUUUCUGUUGGGUCCGUACGGUGUAAAGCUCUCGAACAAGACAGCCGGAGCUCCGUCGACAAUUCAGUAGUUUAUCAAGGUCUUUACGGUCCCUGGACCGUCGAUGACUCCGAUGUUCGCGAGGUGAUUUUGUACAGAUCAGGAUUAGUGACUACUGCUUCAUCAUUUUUGCUUGCUGCAUCUGCAGCCUUUUUGCCCUAUGAUUCCUCACUAAGUGCCACUAUCAAACAAAACCUUGAUUAUUUGUAUGUUGCUGGGUCUUGUGGGUUGGGCUUGUCUCUCCUAUUGAUUCACAUAUAUGUGUCUGAGAUCAAGCGCACCCUGCAAGCACUGUGGGCGCUUGGUAUUCUUGGAUCAUGUGCAACCUACAUCACCGUUGCUCAACCAGCUAAUCAAAAUUUGAUACAAUGUGUUCUUGAUAACCCAUCAACUGUCUGGCUCGUUGGUCCAUUAUUUGCUGCCUUGACUGGACUAGUUUUCAAGGAAGGACUGUGCUAUGGCAAGCUGGAAGCUGGACUUCUGACAUUUGUUAUACCUACAGUUCUUCUUGGGCAUCUGACUGGUUUAAUGGAUAAUGAAGUUAAACUUGCUUUACUUGCCACUUGGAUGGCUCUUUUUGUGAUAUUUGCUGGGAGGAAGUUUACUCAACCAGUCAAGGAUGACAUUGGUGACAAGUCCGUAUUCAUGUUCAACUCUCUUCCGGAUGAUGAAAAGAAGGCCUUGGUGGAGAAAUUAGAACAAGAAAAAAUUAAGUAAUGAGGGGUCGCUGCAUGACCACAAGAUGGAUUGCGUUAACUAGAUGUGGAGAUGUUUUAAAAAGUAAAUCAUAAUGACGAGUACGUAGUAUAGCAUUUUGUAAUUGUAGUACCAUCGUAAAAGUUAAAUAGAUUUUCUCUGGUGCAUGGCGCGGUUGUUGUAAUUUGACUAUAUAAAAUUGGAUUGGAUUGAAUUAAAUUUCAAUGAACAAAUUGGAAAUAAAAUGAUAAUAGAGUAAUAUUUCCAAAGUAA